UCUCUAAACCCUACUUCACGUUCAGCCACCCCCUCCCUCCCGCUACAAGCUAACUGUACUUUGCGCGGUUCUUGCUCGACGCUGUCUCAGCUGUUGCUGCUGUACGCUGAAAUCUCAUCAUCCCAACGAAACCGCCGCCGCCUCUCUCCCUCAAACCUUGUCGCCUCUUCAAGCUAUCAGAGUUACUUAUCUGUCUUUAUUUUUAGCAACACAGUGGUUCAGCCUCUUUCCCGCGCCGUUGGUGAGAUAGCGCUGUGGCAGCUCAUUCUUCAGAUCCUCAAGGGGUCCCAAACAGGGGGCGAGUGAGAAUUAGAAGUCACUGCAAUGGUAGUACUGGACGAGAAUGUUCCAUCCUCAUCAGAGGCCGCGGCAAUGAACAAAAGGCGCAAAAGGAAGAGAACGAAGAAAAAUAUUCCUUCAGCAGGUGCGGAAGAAUCAGAACUUCGAAACCCAACGGAAGGUGAAGAAGAGGAAGGAGAUGCGGAAGGUAAUGUACCAGAGGAGAAAGUGAAAGAAGAGGAGAAGAAGAAUAAAAAGAGGAAGUCGAAAAUGAAGAAGGGCGAGUUGGAGGAGGGAUAUGAAAAUACCAGUGAUGGCGAGGGAAAGGAUGGUGUUGAAGGGGAAGUGGAGAAGGACAAGGAGAAAAAGAACGAGAAAAAGAAGGUUAAGACUGAUGGAUCGGGAAUUAUGAGUACUGUUUCAUUUGAUUCGCUUGAGUUGUCGGAGAAAACUCUCCGGGCGAUUAAGGACAUGGGAUUUGAGCAUAUGACUCAGAUUCAAGCUAGAGCAAUUCCACCUUUUCUGGUUGGCAAAGAUGUUCUUGGAGCCGCAAGGACUGGAUCCGGGAAAACCCUUGCCUUUCUCAUACCUGCUGUGGAGCUGCUACAUCACAUAUGCUUUACUCCUCGUAAUGGAGCUGGUGUUAUCGUUAUUUGCCCGACAAGGGAGCUUGCAAUGCAGACACAUGAAGUGGCAAAAGAGCUUCUCAAAUAUCAUUCACAGACACUUGGCCUUGUUACCGGUGGUUCUAGCAGACAAGCCGAGGCUGAUCGUAUUACGAAGGGGGUCAAUCUAUUAGUAGCAACCCCUGGUCGACUUCUUGACCAUCUUCAGCAUACUAAGAAUUUUGUGUUUAAAAAUUUGAAGUGCCUCGUAAUUGAUGAAGCCGACAGGAUAUUGGAAACCAAUUUUGAGGAGGAAAUGAAACAAAUUAUAAAGCUCCUCCCAAAGAAUAGGCAGACUGCUUUGUUCUCAGCAACGCAAACACAGAAGGUUGAGGAUCUUGUCCGCUUGUCGUUUCAGUCAACUCCUAUUUAUAUUGAUGUGGAUGAUGGGAGAACAAAGGUCACAAAUGAAGGGUUGCAACAAGGUUAUUGUGUUGUGCCCAGUGCUAAAAGAUUCAUUGUUCUGUAUUCCUUCUUGAAGAGAACUUUAUCUAAGAAAGUUAUGGUCUUCUUCUCAUCUUGUAACUCUGUCAAAUUUCACGCGGACCUUCUUAGAUACAUUAAGGUUGAUUGCAUGGAUAUUCAUGGAAAGCAAAAACAGCAGAAGAGAACUUCUACCUUCUUUGCCUUCAAUAAGGCUGAGACAGGGAUCCUACUAUGUACUGAUGUUGCUGCACGUGGACUUGACAUCCCCGCUGUUGAUUGGAUUGUGCAGUACGAUCCUCCAGAUGAACCUAAGGAAUAUAUUCAUAGAGUUGGUCGAACAGCUCGAGGCGAAGGUAGCAAAGGAAAUGCACUACUUUUCUUGAUUCCUGAAGAGCUUCAAUUUCUUAGCUAUCUAAAGGCAGCAAAAGUUCCUGUCAAAGAGUACGAGUUCAGUGAUAAAAAACUGGCCAACGUGCAGUCUCACCUGGAGAAGCUGGUUGGCAGUAAUUAUUAUUUGAACCAGUCGGCUAAGGAGGCUUACAGAUCCUAUUUAUUAGCUUACAAUUCACACUCUAUGAAAGAUAUCUUCAAUGUCCACCGCCUUGACCUGCAGGGUAUUGCUGCUUCAUUCUGCUUUUCCAACCCUCCAAAGGUCAACCUUAACAUCGACAGCAGUGCCUCAAAAUUCAGGAAGAAAACGCGUAGAGUAGAAGGGAGCAGGAACCGAUUCAGUGAGAGUGAUCCUUAUGGGAGAAACAAUGCGGAUGAUGAGAGACAAUUUGUAAGAUACUAGCUGAACCUAUCCAACUAUGAAUGACUUCACAAAAAAUUAUUAUUCACUUUGCAAAUUUUUAUCUUUAGAUUAAGAAUUUGUGGGUUGUGGGACGAGGAUUUGAACCUCACAAUUUUAGUCGAGAGUAUAUGUUUUAUAGCAAUUUAGCUUCGCAGGCCUGUAAUGAUUCAUUUAUAUGAUGAUCGUAACCAAAUGAUCCUAAUAUUUGUAUGAGAGAAAUUUUUUGAAUUACUCG